AUGCUAAUGCUGAACCAAACAGACCUGACCCCAGUCUCAUUCAUUCUUAAUGGGAUCCCAGGACUGGAGAACAUGCACAUGUGGAUUUCCUUCCCAUUCUGCUCCAUGUAUGCUGUGGCUGUGAUAGGGAAUUGUGGUCUCCUCUACCUCAUCUGCUGUGAAGACUCCUUGCACAGGUCCAUGUACUACUUCUUGGCUAUGCUUUCCCUAACUGACCUUGUCAUGUGCACUACUACAAUCCCUAAAGCUCUCUGCAUCUUCUGGUUCCAUCUUAAGGAAAUCAGCUUUAAUGAUUGCCUUGUCCAGAUGUUCUUCAUCUACACCUCAACAGGGAUGGAAUCUGGGGUUCUCAUGCUUAUGGCCCUAGACCGCUAUGUGGCCAUCUGCUACCCACUGCGUUACUCUACUAUCCUCACUAAUCCUGUCAUUGCAAAAGUUGGGCUUGCUACUUUUCUGAGAGUGGUGUUGCUUGUCACUCCCUUGACUUUCAUUAUCAAGAGACUACCCUAUUGUAGAGAGAAUAUACUAUACCAUACCUACUGUGACCACAUGGCUGUAGCCAAGUUAUCCUGUGGAAGUAUCAAAAUCAAUGUUAUCUACGGUCUGAAAGUUGCCCUCCUGAUAGGGGGUUUUGACAUCCUGUGCAUCACAGUCUCCUACACCAUGAUCCUCCGAGCAGUGAUCAAUCUCUCUUCAGCAGAUGCUCGACAGAAGGCCUUCAGUACCUGCACUGCUCACAUCUGUGCCAUUGUUUUCUCCUACAGUCCAGCCUUCUUCUGCUUCUUUUCCCACCAAUUUGGGGGUCACAAGAUCCCUCCAUCUUGCCACAUCAUUGGCAAUAUUUAUCUGCUCUUGCCUCCCACUAUGAACCCUAUUGUGUAUGGGGUGAAAACCAAGCAGAUACGAGACUGUGUCAUAAGUAUCCUUUUGGGUUCUAAGGACAUCAAAUCCCACAGCAUAUGA